GAGAUGAAAUGUGAGCCUGGGUGGCCCCCGACGCCAGAGCAGUCGCUUCCCUGGUGCCCAAGCACCGUGGGGAGGGACAAAGAGUCCUCAGCCCCCGGCGCCCCGGGUCCUCGCCACCGCGCCCCAGCCCGGAGCCCCGCACCUCCUGCCCGACGCGCGGGCCGGCUCUCCUCAGAGGCUCGCUGGGCCAUGGCCAGGUCCCCGCUUGACCUGGCUCUCAGGAGAGCUGCUCUCUCCAUCUGACGGCACUCCAUCCUCCCGUUCCCUCCCGGUUCCGCGCGUUCCUUUCGCUCCAGCCUCGGUCCAGUCAGUCCGUCCGUCCUGGCGCUCAGUCUCGGGCCACCGGCUUGGAUGGACGCCCUGAGGCUGCCCGGGCAUCCAGGGGUCUUGCUUCCGAAGUUGGUCCUGCUUUUUGUCUACGCAGAGGAUUGCCUUGCUCAGUGUGGCAAAGACUGCAGGUCAUACUGCUGCGAUGGAACCACACCCUACUGUUGCUCCUACUAUGCCUACAUUGGGAACAUUCUCUCGGGCACUGCGAUUGCUGGCAUCGUCUUUGGGAUCGUGUUCAUCAUGGGUGUCAUUGCUGGAAUUGCCAUAUGCAUCUGCAUGUGCAUGAAAAACAACCGGGGCACUCGGGUGGGUGUCAUCAGAACCGCCCACGUCAACGCCAUCUCCUCUUAUCCUGUGCCACCCCCGCCCUAUGGUUAUGACCACGAGAUGGAAUACUGUGCAGACUUGCCUCCUCCAUACUCCCCGACCCCACAGGCCUCAGCACAACGUUCUCCACCCCCUCCUUAUCCUGGACAUUCAAGGAAAUAAUCUUUCUCCUGGAACAGAAUAUGUGUCAAUCAAUGAUCUUGCCUAGAUUAAAUGCCUCUACUCAGAAACAGGCAGGAAAGGAUGGCUCUAAGGAAGACUUUUAUGGGUCAGAUACUAUUGCUGGUGGAAUGUCUGUAUUAAAAGACACAGGGCUCCCGCCCUGAUCAGAGCUGACCCCAUGUGGAGCACUAUGCAUAGUUCUUUGGAACCACAUUUAAGGGAUCCACUGAAGCACAUUCAGAGGAAAGGAAUGAGAAUGAACUUCUGAUAAUUGUUGUUUAAGGACUAGAGGAAGGAAGUUUCAAUAUUGAUCCUGUAAAAGAGAAGACUGUCAUAGGACAGGAGAAUGACCUGGACUACAUAAGCCAACAGCUUUAUUCUAGGUAACUUUAGAGUCAGAACCAGAAUUGCUCAUUCUUUCCUUUAUCAUGAAAUGUAUACUGAGUACCUGAGGCCUACUCUGUGCCUGGCACUAUUCAAGGCACUGGAUGUAAGUUGCCAGAAGGGAACUUUGGUUUUAGUACAGGCAUACCUCAUUUCUCUUUACUGUGCUUUGCAGAUAUUGUUUUUUAUGGAGUGAAGGUUUAUGGCAACCUUGCAUUAAGUAAGUUCACCAGCACCAUUUUUUCCAAUAGCAUGUACUCACUUCUUGUCUCUGGGACACAUUUUGGUAUUCUUACAAUAUCUCAAGCAUUUUCAUUAUUAUUGUAUCUAUUAUGGUGAUCUGUGAUCAGUGAUUCUUUGAUGUUACUAUAGUAGUUGUGCUUGGAUGCCACACACUGUGCCCAAGUAAGGCAAUGAGCUUAACAAAUGGGUAAAUAUUGCAUACAUUCUGAAUGUGCCACCGACUGUCCCCUGUCUCUCCCCCUCUCCUUGGGCCUCCUUAUUCCCUGAGACACAAAAAUUUUGAAAUUAGGUCAAUUAAUACCCUAUGUGUUUAAGUGAAAGGAGAAGUCACAGGUCUCUCCUUUUUUGUUUGUUUGUUUGUUCUAUUUAGUUAUAUAUGAGAGUAGAAUGCAUUUUGAAUCAUUGAACACAAAUGGAGUACAACUUUUCAUUUCUCUGGUUGUACACAAUGUAGAUUCACACCAUUUGUGUAAUCAUACAUGUACAUAGGGUAAUGAUGUUUGUCUCAUUCCACCAUCUCUUCUUCCCUCACACCCUCUCCUCCCCUCAUUUCACUCUACAUAAUCCAAGGUCCCGCCAUUCUUCCCUUAUCACCUCCCCCCGCCUGUUAUGUAUCAGCAUUUCCUUUUAAAUCAUGCACUAGAAAUGAUUAAGUUUAGUGAGAGGCAUAUAGAAUGCAGAGACAGGCUGAAAGCUCAACCUCUUAUACCAGUUAACCAAGUAGUGAAUAUAAAGAAAAAAUUCUUGAAGGAAAUUGAAAGUGCUACUCCAGUGAACAUAUGAAUGAUAAGAAAGAGAGGUAGCCUUAUUACUGGUAUGGAGAAAGUUUUAGUGGUCUGGACAGAAGAUCACACCAGCCUCAGCCUUCCUUUAAGCCAAAGCCUAAUCCUCUCAUCAACUUGAUGGACUUCGAGAGUUGAGGGAGCUACAGACAGAGUUUGAAGUUAGCAGAGCUUGCUACAUGCGGUUUAAGGAAAGAAACCAUCUGCAUAACAAGACAGCACAAGUGAAACAAGUGCCAAUAUAGAAGCAGCAAGUGAUCUAGAACACCUAGCUCAGGUAAUUCAUGAAAGGACUAAACAAAUUUUAUUCUUAGUUUUUUAAACAACAUAUUUUCAGUGUUGAUAAAACACCCUUGUAUUGGAAGAAGUUGCCUUCUAGGACUUUCACAGCUGUGGAGAAGACAAUGCCUAACUUCAAAGCUUCAAAGGACAUGAUGACUCAAUUUUUUAAGGACUAAUACAGCUGGUAACGCUAAAUGGAAGCCAGUGCUCAUUUGCCAUUCCAAAAAUCCUAAAACCCUUAAAAAAUACUAAAUAUACUGUUCUUGUGUUCUAUCCAUGGAACAAGAGAUCCUAUUUAUAACGUGGUUUAUUGAAUAUUUUAAGCCCAGCGUUUAGACCUACUGCUCAGAAAAAAAAAAAAAAUUGUACAGAAAGCACUUGAGCCAAGAGCUCUGAUGGAGAUGCA